CUUCGAUGCGUGGAUCAACGAAGAUCUGGGUACCUAAUUACCCUCCAUUGCACCAAUUGUUACUCGAAGAAUACCACGACGUCCUGUACGCGGGACACUUCGGUAGCAACAAGACGCUCACCGGUAUCGCCAAACACUACUACUGGCCCCACAUGGCAGAUAACGUACAGAAAUUCGUCACCUCGUGCACUACAUGUCAGCGGAUGAAGAGCAGCAAGCAGAAAAAGGCGGGUUUGCUACAGCCUCUUCCUGUCCCAGAACAGCCAUGGCAAGUGGUAAGCCUAGACUUCAUCACCGGGCUACCAACUAGCACAAACGAUCAUGACGUGAUCCUCAUCGUCAUUGACAAGUUCUCCAAAAUGGGACACUCCAUCCCGACACACACAACAGCACGCACCGAGGAGACAGCACAACUGUUUGCUCGCUACAUCAUCUCACAACAUGGCAUUCCGACCACACUCAUCUCCGACCGAGAUCUUAAGUUCACCAGUAAAUUCUGGAAAGAACUGGUGUCUCUACUCGGGACCAAACUGGCCAUGUCAUCCGCCUACCAUCCGCAGACAGAUGGACAGACCGAGCGCCUCAACCAAAUUGUGGAGCAACUCCUCCGCGCAGCCUGCAAGGACGACAUCUCCAAAUGGGACUUGCAUCUGCCCGUCCUGGAAUUUGCCUACAACAAUGCUACUCACGCCGCCACUGGACAGACGCCAUUCUUCCUCUGUUACGGCCGCCACCCACUUACACCUCAACAGCCAACCAUACCAGCCACAUAAUUGUCGCCACAUUUGCAUAUU